AUGUCGAAUGCAACUUCUAGUCUUGACAGCGGGAAUGAAGAGAUUCAACACUUAGAAAAAACAUGUAAGCUUACUGAUAGUUCAGAUUAUGAACAAAAAAAUUCACCGACACAUCAAGAAACAUCGAGUUAUUCCAUCUACGGUGUCGAUUGGAGUAAACAUGCAAAAUCGACAUCUCACUGUUGGUUACCUUAUUUACCUAAAAAGUCGUCCUCUUCACGCUUAUGUACUUGUCUUUUAUGUCAAAAUUCACAAUUGAGAUCUGAUUCGUCUUUCAUGGAAUGUCCAACUUGCUCAUUGAUUGUACACUCUACUCAUCUUUCUGAGUACACUGAAGCAAAUAAUUACUCGAAUCAGUGCUCACUUCCACCGUGUCGUCCAUCAUUCAUGGAUGAUAGUACAACAGAUGACACCACAACUUAUGAUCAACACUGUUGGUCUCCUUUAUCGAAUCUUUCCAAGCCGUGUACAUACUGUAAGAAUAAGAAGUUGAAAGCUACUUCUAAUGAUCGUCAUGAUCAAGAAACGCUAGAAACAGAAUUUGUAUGCAUGUGGUGUUCUCGACAGUGUCAUCGCCUAUGUUGGGAAAAUAUAAAAAAUGAUGCAAACAAUAACCAAUGUGAUUAUGGUGAAUUCAGUAAUAUUAUCGUUCGUCCGCAAUGGUUACACCGUGCAACGAAUAAUCCUUGCCGUUUCCAGGCCUGCAUGCCAGAAUCACCUGGUGCUAACGACAAUUUACUGGCACCUGUCAUAUUUUUCGUGAAUAAACUUUCAGGUGGUCAAAAAGGACAAGAGUUUUAUCGAACACUAGUUCGUUUACUCAAUCCACGCCAAGUCUUUCUACUCGAAAAUGAUUCGACUGUCAUGCAAGCUCUAGAAAUUUACUCAUCUCUUCAUAAUGCACGUGUUUGUAUAUGUGGCGGUGACGGAACAGUUGGAUGGAUACUGAGUCAUCUUGUAGACAGAUUUCCGUCUUUAACUAAUCUUCCAGCUGGUAUUUGUCCACUGGGCACAGGUAAUGAUCUGUCACGUGUACUCGGUUGGGGAAAUGAGUACACUUCUGCGCGACUAUUCAAAACACUGACUCAAAUAGCUCGUGCACAUCCGGUUGCACUCGAUCGUUGGAAAAUUCAUCUCGAGACUUUGGAUCCUAAUGCAUCGGAUGCUGAAUUUGGAACUAUACAUCGUAGUCGUUUUUCAUUCAGAGAGCAUCCAAAGUUCAUUCGUAAUGCGGAAUUGCCAGUGUAUGAUAAUCAUCGUACACCGAUCAAUUCGUUCUUUUUCAAUUAUAUCAGCUUUGGAUUAGAUGCAGCUGUUGUUAUGGAUUUUCAUGCUCGUCGUACGCGUGAUCCAUCGGAAUUUACAUCCCCGUUCAAAAAUAAACUCAUGUUUAUAAAUGAAAGUCGCAAAUAUUUCAAUGAAUUUGCUUUUGGAAUCGCAUGGAACAUAGGUUCGUAUAUCCGUUUGAUAUGUGAUGGGCAAGAUCUAACGAAUACAAUACGAAACUAUCAUUCGGUUGUCUUACUCAAUACUCCAGGCUUUGGUUCUGGUACACAGCCAUGGGGUCGAACAUCGACAACAACCGCAGUCAAUGAUUUCGAAGCACAAGAUUUCAGCGACAGGAUGAUUGAAGUACUUGCGUUGAAUACCACACAAAUGGCUUUAAUACAUGUUGGUUUUCGUGGUACUCGGAUAGCUCAAUGUCGUCAAGUACGUGUCGAACUUAGCCAUCCCAUGCCAGUACAUAUGGAUGGUGAGCCCUUUUAUCUUGCUGGCUCGACCGCUGUCGAUAUUACUCAUGCCGGUCAGGAACAAUCACAUUUUGAGCUUGUUGUCAUAUUUUUGGCAGUGAUUUUGUUUUGCAAUGGAAAGUGGAGUGCUCAACUUUGCUAA